AUGUCGGCCCCCUCCUCCAACAUGGCGUCCUCCUUCGCCCAAAUGUCCCCCGCAAAACUCGCCCAGCUCCAGACCCAGCUCCCCGACAUCCUCACAGACGCAGAGAAGCUCUUGCCGGAAGACAAGAGGAAUGAAGUGUUCCGGGAGAAGAUGCUGGCGCGCAUCAUGGCGCAGGGGCAGCACAAGAUGCAGCAACAGCAGCAGCAGCAGCAAGGGGCGGGAAUGGGGAUGGGGAUGCAGAGCCCGAUGAUGGGCAUGCAGCAGGGGAUGCAGAAUGCAAAGAUCCCAGUCAACCAAAGCCAGCUCGCAUACCAAGAACAGCUCCGCCACCAACUCCAACAGCAGCAGCAACAACAACAACAACACCUCGCCAUGCAAUCCCGCCUCCAACAACAAGCCGCCGCUGCCCAGCAAGGCCGCACUGGCACACCGAGGCCAGCGCAGCCGAUGACGCCGAUGCCGCAGGGCCCCAUCAACACGGCUUCGCCCCAGUCGCACGGCGGGAUCGGCUCGCCGCAGGUCAUCCGCCAGUCGCCCAGCACGGCGCCGGGCAGGCCGGUGGGGAUGCCGAUGCAGGGGAUCAAGACGCUGAUUGAGAAUUUCCCAAAGCUUCUGGAGCUGAAGAGGCAGGGGAAGCUGAAGCCGGAGCAAGAGCGGCUGUUUGAUCAAUUCAUGUCGAGCGCGGAGGGGCAGAACCACCUCCGAGAAUUCCGAGCGCACCAAGCUCGUCUGCUAGUAGAACGCGGCCUGACCAACCCCGUCGCCCAUCCCGCCGGACUCCAACCCCAACAAACCCCCGCUAUGAACAACAUGCAGCUCCCCCUCGCUGCCCAGCAACAGCUCGCGGCUUUGCAACAGCAACAGCAACAACCACAGCAGAACCAACAAUCCUUCUCCCUCAACCCCCAGGCCCAGAACCAAAACCAACUUGCUCCCCAGUUCGCGCAAAACCUCGCAGGCGCGGGGGGGAAUCAGACUCAGCUGACGCCGCAGCAGAUGCAGGCGCUGCAGAUGCAGAGGCUCGCGGCGGCGCAGAUGCAGGCUCAGGCUGCGCAGAAUGGGGGCCGGGCAGGGAUGGGCGGCGGGGGCGGGGGGCAGGGAUUGGCGCCGAAUCAGGCAAUGAUCAACCAAGCUGCCCUUGCGCGCGCCGCGCAACAGGCUCAGGCGCAACAGUCUCAAAACGGGAUGAUGGGCAUGUCGCCUCAUAUCGCUGCUCAAUCUCAAGCCCAGGGACAGUCCCCGGGGGGCUUUGGGAGUCCGAGGCCGGGGGCGAGGCCGCCGAUGUCGUUACAGCAGAUGUUGAUCAAUAUCCAACCUUCCAUGUCGAGGGUAGCGCCGGAUAAGGUGGAGAGUGUCAAGGCGAUGUUGAUGAGGUUGGCGAAUAUGAGUGAUGAAGAGAGGGAUGGGGCUUUUAAAGCUAGCCCGCAGUGGAUCCCGCUUUGGAACAGAGCGACGGGGGGUGGGAACCCGAACCCACUCGCGCAACAAGCCGCUGCCCAAGCCCAAGUCCAAGCCGCCCAACAAGCACACGCCGCUGCCCAAGCCCAAGUCCAAGCCGCCCAAGCUGCCGCAGCCGUCCAAGCACAAAUGAACGGCUCCUCCCCACACGUCGGCGUCGGCCUCCAGAAUGGGACGCCCAUCAUGCGCCCCGGGUCCACCCCGGCGGCUGCGGGGGGGUUCAACGGCUUGAACAAUGUUUCGAAUUUACAUAUCCCUGCUGGCAAAGCGAGGGGGCUGCAGGGGCAGGGGCAGGGUGUGGGCGUGGGUUCGCCGAAUAUGCGGCUUCUACAGCCGGCUGGGGAUGGACAGCAGCAGCUGCCACCGGGCUUACAGGCGGAUCCGAGUAUUGUGCAGAGGUUGUUGGAGCAGGGUAUUCCGGUACAGCAAGCUGCUCAGGUGUUUGCGAGGCAUCAGCAGCAGUUGGCUGCUGCCGCUGCCGCCGCCGCCGCUGCCGCUGGGGGGAACGCCGCUUACCCGGGGUUGGCGGCGCAGCAUCCAGGGGGUGGGACGCCCCAGCCACAGAGGAAUAUCACGCCCGCCAUGCUCCUCGCGCAAUACUCUCACGACAUGCCUUCCCGUCCCCCGCCCUCCCGCCCCGAACAGAUCGUCCCCGACGCCCCCGCCCCCACCGACCAAUCCCUCUCCAUCCUCUCCCGCGCUUCCUGGGCGCCAAACUACGCCGACGACGUCCGUGUGGAGAGCAUGUUUCGCCCGCAGACGGCGGGGGAGACGGGGAGCAGGACGGUGGGGCGGGGGACGUUGGGGUGGAGGAGGGUGGAGAGGGAGGGGGUUGAUGAUUGGCCGGAAGGGCUGCGGGAGGCGGUGGAUGAGGAGGCGGAGGAGGAGGAGGGGGAGGAGGGGGAGGGGAAGGGGAGGGCGAGUGGGAUGCCGGGGCAGAAGAGGAGGAAGGUGCAGGAGGUGGCGGAGGAGGUUGAUAAGGCGUUGAGGAUACCGAAGGAUUCGGAGACUUUGUUGUUGGAGCUGUUUGAUGAGCAUUCUGAUGUGGUCUCCGAGGCGAGCUGUAUGCUCGCCAAACACCGAAAAGCGACCACGCUCGACAGAAAAGAUAUCCAACUUUCAUGGGAACUGUUAUACGGCCGAAUCAUACCAGGCUUCUCCUCCGACCGCAUCAGACAGGACCAGACGAAAUCCGCCGCGCGCCAUCGACAGCCGAACCCGGCGUAUACGGCCAAGCUGAAGGCGGUCAAUGAGGGGAAGGCGGCGUGGAGGAGGGAGAGGAAGAGGGCGAAGGUUGAAGCGGCGGCGCUUACGGUGGGGGUGGGGGUUGUCGAGGAGGUUGCUUGA